UACGGUUGAACUUCCAGUGUUGAAAAUCUUUGAUCUUUUCGACACUGAAAGAGCUCUGGAGCCAAAAAACUCUCUUUUAUUAAAAAGAUGUACCAAGUUUAGCGAUGGAAAACUCGAGAACGAGAUCCACACAAAACUUAUUGUUGCAAGACGACGAACUAGAGCAUCAACAUGCUGGUCAGGAGUCAGUUCAAAGCAGUCGAUUGGGCGAAUCGCCAAAAGUUAUAGCAAUAUUUUGUAGCUUUGGAUUCAUGGCAUGUUUUACGGCUGGAAUUAUUUUGACUUCUGCUGAAGAUAUCCUGGCAAAUAAUUCCACAGAGCAAACAGGUAUGGUCUGGGUCGUUUAUUCCAUUCCUUUCAUAGUAUUCACUGCUUUCAUCGCCUGGUCGUUCGACCGAGUGUCAACUGACAUCUUCAUUGUAGCUUUCUUCCCUUUAAUGGUGUUUGGUAUAGUUUUACUGGUACUUCCAAAGGUCACGUGGUUAAAGCUUGUUGGAGUCUUUUUGAUAGGCACGGUUGACUGUACCUCUGAGAUUGCAGCUCUAGCAUUAACUGCCUACUUCGAUAAGAUUGCAAUCAUGGCCUUUGGUAUUGGCAGUGGUUUUUCGUAUGUCUUGAGUCCAUUGUACUAUACUGCAAUGACAAGCUGGUUUCAAAUCCAUCCCAAGAUCGUCCUGAUGACACUUGCUCUACACCCAGUCGGGUUUCUUAGUGGGUAUGCUCUACUGGAGAAACGACGCGAUAAAUGCCGUUUCCAAAGCCUUCUUUCAACAAACAUCAAAACACUUGAGGCUACAGACUUCUUGCCGCUUAAAACCAAACUUCGCCAAACUUGUGUUCUUUUGCCAGCAAUCAUGGAAAUUUUUCUGAGCUUCCUGUUCAACGAUGUCGUGGUCAGCGGUAUUACGACAAGUAUCGUAUUUAAAAACUCUCCCUUUUCGCCAGCAGAUCAUUACAAAUACUACAUGCUAUCCUCUUUCGCCGGUCUGUGCCUUGGACGUGCGUACCUGGGUAUAGUGGAAUUAAUCAAACCUGGUUGGGCGGACAAGAUUCUUAUUCGACGCACGUGGUUACUGGUUGCCUUGGCAAUGUGCCACAUGAUAAUCUUGGUGCUGGCUUCCAUAUAUAGAUUUCUCCCGAAUGUGUGGGUCACAAUGAUUUUAGUGUUUUCUUUAGGGUUUUGGAGCGAAGCGGUGUUCACCAAUAUUACUGUGAUAUUAGGUGAACAAGAAGACUCUCGAGUGAGGGAAUUGUCUUUGGGAAUGUCAGUCUAUGGCAUAAGCCUUGGCAACCUGGUUGGCUCAGUCUUGGCCAAGUAUAUAGAAAAACCACUCGUUGCGCACUGCAUCAGCGCUUUGAAAAGCGUUAGGUUAUGUUUCACAAGGAACCUUUAGUGGACGCUGUAAACCUGUGAAACCAUUUAAAGCAACACUGCUGGAUGAUAACUCAUCAUUUAACUUCGUAUAAAACUAAGUGUGCAUUUGUAACAUCGCCUCGAGGAUAACGAUAGUUCAUUUUAAUCGCACUCCAAAAUUAAGAUAGCAGACAGCCACUGACCAAAAGGAACACGGGCUCUACAGUGAGAACAGUGGACUUCGAAAACCAUUCAUUCAAAGGACCAGUAUUACCCUAGAUGCUUUGCGAUGAUUUUUUUGUUUUGAAAAGGAAUGCUUGUUUCUGAUUGGUCGGUCCUGUGGUGAUAUUCUCGCUUGUAAAUUUUGCAUCUUGCUUCAUUGAAAGCUCAGAAAUACAAAAUGUGACGAAGCGCGCGGAGCAUCCAGUGUGAUACGAAACCUUUCAAGCACCAAAUACUUAUAAACGGCGAUUUUAAAAAAUAGAAAAUGUUUCUUUUUAUA